GGAGAGAAAGAAAAAAGUCCAUUAAAUUGACUUCUGUCAAAAAAGUGAAACCACAUUUCUUGGAAUGUUAAGCUGGACAGAUCUGAAAGUUUCACUCGGAGCUGUAGUGGUGAAGGAAAGAUAAGCAGGGUUGGGUGUUUUAAGACUGGAGCAGAGGAUGCGGGGAUAUUUUACACUCACGCUCAUUUUUUGCUGUACGCAAGUGCUGCAUACUGACAAGGACGACCUGAGGAUUAGUGAACGAAACCGCUCUAAGCACUAGUGAGAGCUUCUAGAUAUGCACAAUUAUAUAUACGAUCCCAUACUUAUUAGAUAAGGAACGAUUACAGACACAGAUAACGGCACUCAUAGUCUUUUUAUUGUAGGUUUAAAAGCAAAAUGGAGCGCCCGAGCUGCGUGUGUUCUAGUUUAGUGUUACGGUGACUUCAACCAGUAUUUACAGGUAAAAUAGGGGAAAGUUACAACAGGGAUGCAGCAUAAUAAAAACAUACUAGGCAAAAUGUGUAAUAUAAAGAUUUUACGGUUUUCUAUAAUCUACGUGAUUUUGAUGCCGAGCUGUAUUAAUGUUGCUGCUGUCAGAAUCUGGGAUAAAAUGGAGCGUGAGAGGGAUGAGUGUCCAGAGAACAAAAUAGUGACAGCGGAGUAUCCGUGCCAUGGACCGAAUGGCCAGACCCUCACCUGUUUUCGGAGGAAAUGCUGUGAAGGGUACAGGUUUGUGAUGGGCCAGUGCAUACCCGAAAGUGUGGAUGUGUGCGCAGGGUCUCCCUGUGAGCAGCAGUGCACAGACAACUUUGGACGCGUGAUCUGCACCUGCUACCCAGGGUUCCGCUUCGACAGGGAGAGACAUCGCCGCCACCAGCACCCGUACUGCCUUGACGUGGACGAGUGCGAGGAGUCUGGCGGCACCGUGUGUGAGCAGGCCUGUGAAAACACGCCAGGCAGCUUCCAGUGCCGCUGCAGCAGUGGGUACACCCUGGGCCCCGACCAGCGCUCCUGCAUGCCUAGCCACACCUUGAGCUCCCCGGGGAAGUCCGAGAGGCUGAUGACGAGCGGCUCCUGCUCGCUGACCUGCCAGGACGUGGCCGGCAUGAAAGAGAGCCUGGCCGAGCUCAGGCUGAAGCUCAGCGACUCCGCAUCCAGUGGGCAGAUGCUCCCACCUGGCCAGGGCAGUGCUGACAAACUGCCCCACAGACAGAAAGAGCCCAACAUCUCUGCCCUCCGCGGACCCCCUGGCCCCCCUGGCACCCACGGGGUACAGGGUCAACCUGGGGAGAAAGGGGAACCAGGAGCCAGAGGCCUCCCUGGCCCUCAGGGGCCACGUGGAAGCAUGGGCCCCAUGGGACCAACGCCAAAUCUGGAUCACAUCAAGAGAGGCCGCAGGGGCCCGGUGGGGCCUACUGGUGCUCCAGGAAGAGAUGGACAGAAGGGAGACAGGGGUUCCCCUGGACCGCCUGGGCCAGCGGGUCCACCAGGCUCUUUUGACUUCCUUCUCUUGGUGAUGGCAGACAUCCGCAAUGACCUCAUCGAGCUACAGGAGCAGGUGUUUGGGAGGCGCCGAGACAUCAUUCUGGACACAGAACCUCCGGAGAACAACUCUGGUCUUGAAGAGUGGGAGUCGGGUCAAGAGGAGCUCAUGCACAACUCUUGACAUUGGGGGUCAAGUAAAUCCCGAGUACCCUGAACAGAAGGCCAAAGUGACUUUUUGUCCCUUAUACAUUACCUCUGUGAAUGGAUUAUGGUCCAGUAUUGAUGAUUUUAAAUGCUUAUGAUAAGAGGACCUUUUGCACUAGUUUAUCAUUGCCAGGUCACAGAGAGAGACUAUAGAGGAACAAUAACGGACCCUUUGCCGUCUUUGGUAACCACAUAUGAACAAGGACCAGCUAAACGUUCUAUUGCCACGUGAGCCGAGCCGUAUGUCUGUAUCCCACCAUUAGGAAUUCUGGGGCAUUUUUCGCUGAUCUGUAUGAACACCCUGGCACUGCGCAUCUGGCCCAAGUCUUGGAUAAUGCCCUUGUAAUGCGACAUUAACACUCUAUUUCUGCAUUAUUAUAUAUGUAAAGUCCAUUACUGUGGCUCAGGAAGACUGGAUUACAGUAUUUUCACAGAAAUAAGAAGCAGCGUUAUAAUCCUUCA